AUGGUUGUGGCGCGAGUUGGAGUGCAAGUGCCCUUUCAUGUUGUGUCCGGAAGCCACCCGAUCUGCCAGAAGAAGUGGGAUAAUUACGAUCGGUAUUUCGACCAGCAUGAUGACGAUGGGUUACCGCAUGGAGAAUGUGAGUGCAAGCAUCGCCCAGGUUGCGGCCUUGUUCAGUAUGAAGCAGAUCAGGUGUUGCCCACAAAUGCAGCGAAGGCUGGGCUUCCUACUCCUGUAGUCGUUGGCACCCCAGACAACGUAAACACGGGCGUUUCCGAGCUGGACCAGAUGUUGUACGGUGUCUGGUGGAUGAUGGACAACCCAGUGCCAGAGGAGUUGGCCACGUUCGCUGGCACGCACUCCAUGCUAACCAAGGAAGACGGGAGCCGCAUUCCGACCCGCCAGGUCGAUUGGGCGAAGUUCAACCUUACCUUCCAUGUCGACAACAGCAGGCACAAUCGUUGGGCAUGGCCCGAUACCUGGACGGCGAAGAACGUGAUCAUGAGAACCUACACUUCUGCCCUCGAGCGAUCAAACAACUUCACGAUGUUCAAUGAGACGCAUGGGGAGGUUCACACAGACCUGAAGUCAAUGCCUUUGGUUUGGGUUGACGGCUGGUGGUUCGAUAUGAUCAACGCGCACCAGUGGAGGCGAACGACCGAGUUUCAAUCCGGUUCCCUUUUCUCCGAUAACGUCUACAUUCUAACCCGCAUCGUGGACGGAAACUCCCAGCCAACGGUGCAUUGGGACACUUGGCUCGGCUACAUGCGCGACAGACGAGCAGCUGGCGAAAAGCUUCUUGUGUGGGACAGCGAUGACGCUUGCAAGCGCAAGUGCAUGCUAGGAGGAUCAUCUUGCACGAAAUGUCAUAAGGAAUGCAGCGGGACUUGA